CGCAUGCGGGAGUAGCUGAGCUGUGGGGCCAUGGCGGCUCCUUCCAGUGGGGAGAAGGAGAAGGAGCGGCUGGGAGGCGGCACUGCUGUGGCUGGAGGAAACAGCACGCGAGAGCGGCUGUUGUCUGCGCUGGAAGACCUGGAGGUCUUGUCCAGGGAACUUAUUGAAAUGUUGGCGAUUUCAAGAAACCAAAAGUUGUUACAGCCUGAAGAAGAAAACCAAGUCCUAGAAUUGUUAAUUCAUAGAGAUGGAGAAUUUCAAGAACUAAUGAAAUUGGCACUUAAUCAGGGAAAAGUCCAUCAUGAGAUGCAAGUUUUAGAAAAAGAAGUAGAGAAAAGAGACAGUGAUAUCCAGCAACUGCAAAAACAGCUGAAAGAAGCAGAACAAAUACUGGCAACAGCUGUUUACCAAGCAAAGGAGAAACUCAAGUCAAUAGAGAAAGCAAGAAAAGGUGCUAUCUCUUCUGAAGAAAUAAUUAAAUAUGCACAUAGGAUUAGUGCAAGCAAUGCUGUGUGUGCCCCAUUGACCUGGGUUCCAGGAGACCCACGGAGACCAUAUCCGACAGAUUUAGAGAUGAGAAGUGGAUUACUGGGUCAGAUGAAUAAUCCUUCCACGAAUGGUGUAAAUGGCCAUCUUCCAGGGGAUGCGCUUGCAGCAGGUAGACUGCCAGAUGUCCUUGCCCCACAGUAUCCAUGGCAGUCAAAUGACAUGUCAGUGAAUAUGUUACCACCAAAUCACAGCAAUGACUUCUUAUUGGAACCUCCUGGACAUAAUAAAGAAAAUGAAGAUGAUGUUGAGGUUAUGUCAACAGACUCUUCAAGCAGUAGUAGUGACUCUGAUUAAACCAGGUGUGACGGCACACAGAAGCAGAUACUAUAGAGUGUGUUAAACAGUUGUCCGGAACUAGAACCUGCACUGUCGGGGAGUAGCCCUGAAAUAUCAAUAUGGUGGAAUUGUGCAGCCUACUAAAAAUGAAAGAGGGUUUUUCUUUUAUAGCCAGAAAAUAUGGUUUUAUUUCUAGUCCACUAAGGAAAUAUUUGGGGCCUUGUCAAAUUUUGAUUCAGUAAGUAGCUUGGUGCUGCUUUGCCUUGUCAGUUGUGGGAUUUGUACACGGUAGUUUGGUAGUAAGAUUCCAUGAUGUGACCAAUGUACGUGCCAUUAAGGUAGGCUUCCAGGAAUUACUUAGAAAAAGUGUUUCUUAGAAAAGGAUGGUCACAUCUAUAAUCCCAGUACCUAGUUGGCUGAGGCAGGAAGCAGUCAUUAUAGUUUGUGACCAGCUUGGGCUACAUAAUUCCAUACUAACACUUUUCUUUGUCUCAAAACAAAAAGGCAGUAGAUUUUUUAAUGUAAUAUUUCAAAAUAAAAACAGUGUAAAGCUAAGUCUCUUGGAUUCUGUUGCAGCAGCAGAAAACUUGUACUAUUUAUACUGUUUGCAGUUACUGUAAUUUUUGUAAAUAAACUUGCUUUUGUUUGAGCUAUA